AUGAGUUAUGCAAAGACACAGCGCUUUCCUGACGGCCGGAGCAACGUAAUUCGCGACCUUGUCCGGGCCCCGGUUCCCGGCUCGCGCUGGGCGGUGUCUCUGCCCGAGCUCCGCGCGGCCGCAGGUGAGUCCUGCGCGCACCCCGCUCUCGCGCCUGCGGGAGGGGCUGGAGCGGAGGCGGAGGACUGGCCGGGGGUGGCGGUGGGGGACGGAGAUCCGGGCCCGACUGCAGCUUCCUCCGGGGGGAGCCGCAUUUCCAGCCACGUCCGCAGCCCUGCCCUCGCGCGCCGAGCCGUUCCCGGCCGUGCCGCCUGGAGGCGCGGAGCCCGCCCGGCUCGCCCAGCCCUGCAGCUCCGGCCGGGGCGGAGGCCGCCGGACCGCGGAGAUGCGGGGCGGGGGCAGGGCGCGGGGAAACAGCAAGAGAUUGACUCCAAAGAUGCUAUUAUUUUGCAUCAGUUUGCAAGACCUAACAAUGGUGUCCCCAGUUUAUCUCCUUUCUGUUUGAAAAUGGAAACUUAUUUAAGGAUGGCUGACUUACCCUAUCAGAACUAUUUUGGUGGAAAGCUCUCUGCUCAAGGGAAAAUGCCUUGGAUUGAAUAUAAUCAUGAAAAAGUUUCUGGGACAGAAUUCAUAAUUGACUUUCUGGAAGAGAAACUUGGAGUGAAUUUAAACAAAAACCUUGGUCCUCAUGAAAGAGCCAUCUCCAGGGCAGUGACUAAGAUGGUGGAGGAGCAUUUCUAUUGGACCUUAGCUUAUUGCCAGUGGGUGGACAAUCUCAAUGAGACCCGGAAGAUGCUCUCUCUUAGUGGUGGCGGUCCCUUCAGUAACCUGCUGAGGUGGGUCGUGUGCCACAUAACGAAAGGAAUCGUGAAACGCGAGAUGCACGGCCACGGCAUUGGCCGCUUCUCAGAGGAAGAGAUUUACAUGCUGAUGGAGAAGGACAUGCGGUCUUUAGCAGGGCUUCUGGGUGAUAAGAAGUACAUCAUGGGGCCCAAGCUUUCCACUCUAGACGCCACCGUCUUUGGACACUUGGCACAGGCAAUGUGGACCUUACCCGGGACGAGACCUGAGCGGCUGAUAAAAGGUGAGCUGAUCAAUCUUGCCAUGUACUGUGAGAGGAUAAGGAGGAAAUUCUGGCCUGAGUGGCACCAUGAUGAUGACAACACCAUCUAUGAGUCCGAGGAGAGCUGUGAAGGCAGCAAAACGCAUACGCCCCUGCUGGAUUUCAGCUCUUACUCAAGGACAGAGACCUUUGAAGAUGAGGGAGCAGAGAACAGUUUUUCCAGAACCCCAGACACGGAUUUCACUGGACACUCGCUCUUUGAUUCUGAUGUGGACUUGGAUGACUACACAGACCAUGAACAGUGCAAGUGACAUUCAGCCCUGCUGACCCUCCUCUGUUGGAGCUGCCAUUCCCUGGGGUCAGUCCAGUUUCCCAGGUAGAAGUCCAUCCGAGCUGGGAGGAGAUCUUCGUGCUUGACACAGUUCUCACAAGCUAACUGGACUAGAGCAGCCUUAUUUCUUUUUUGUACAAACAAGACACAGAACCAUUCCGAUGGCUCCAUUUAAAACAAACAGGCAGAAGAAAAAGUCAGCAUGGUUCCUGAAACCCACUUUUGUUUUCAUUAGAAAACUAAGAUGGUGUGGUAGAGCAGGUGCAAGAGCAGGUUGUCCACAGAUGGUGUGUACAUCGAUCCCCUGCAACCCGAGGGCUUAGGUGCAAGAUGGAUUCUUGAACAUCCUUCAUCCAGCAGGGUUCAAAGUCAGGAGAGAUGUCGUCAGAAGGAAUGUAGGAGAUAAAUGUUCUAUGGUGGCUGCUUGUUAUUUCCUGUGUGUAUAUUGUAUGUUGAGAUAUAAGUCAAAUAAAAUCCAUAGAUAUUCAGUGAACACCUACUACGUGCAAAGCACUGUGCUAGGUGCUAGCCAGUAUCAGUUUUAUCCUAUGCCCUGCCAGUGGCUAGCUGUGUGAUUCUGGGCAAGUCCCUUAAUUCUUGUGUGCCUCAUUUCUCUCACCUGUAAAGUGGGGGUAACAAUAGUCCCCGCCUACCUACCUCACAGGGGUGUUGUGAGGAUUCAUGUGGUAACAUACGGCGCUUUAAACCUCUCGGAAGAGGUGUGACAUAAACACAUUUUAUUCUUUAA